GUUAUCAAAAUAUUUUAAUCACUUCUUCUUGUUAUAAUAAUAAUUUAUAUUCGAGAAGAAUUUGUAUAGUUUGCCAAAAAGUGAAAUGGCACCACCAUCACUAUCAUCAACCACCAUUGUUCCGCCAUUUGUCGGCCUCAUCGUGAGAGUUCUUACGUUGGUUUGCUUGUUGAUUUCACUCAUAGUGAUCGCCACCAACACUCAUACUACUAGUCUCAAUUUUGUUGAUAUCAAAACCAAGUCUACGGAUUUUUAUGCUUACAGAUACUUGAUUUCUAGUGUGGUAAUUGGAAUGGCAUAUACUCUUCUCCAAACUGCAUUUUCAAUUUUCUUUGUGACCACUGGAAAUCGACUAGGUGGUGAGGGUCUCUGUCUAUUUGACUUCUAUGGUGACAAGUUUAUUUCCUACUUCCUUGCAACUGGAGCAGCAGCAAGUUUUGGGAUGACACAAGAAUUGAAGAGAAUUUCAGAUCUUGAUAAAUUUCUUAACACUUCAAAUGCUGCAGCCAGUCUUUGCCUUUUUGGAUUCUUUUUUGCUGCUGCUUCAUCUAUUUUCUCUUCUUAUAAUCUUCCCAAAAGAGCUUGAUUUUAUUCAAAAAUAAAAAAUAAAAAAUAAUAAUUUAGUGGAUUGAUUUUUGAGAGAUUAUUUUGCCACAUUGGGUUAAGUAAUGUUGUGUUGAUUUGUAAUUUGUAUUUAAAUUGUAUCUAAUUGUUUAAGUAAAGUUUGUGGGAGUUUUAGGGUUUAAGUAAAGUUGGUAAAGUUUGUAUGAGUUUUAGGGUUGGUUUUUGUUUUCUUAUGUAAUUUUUGUUUUGAGAAUUGUCUUCAAUUUGGUAUUUUCAUGU